CUCAUACUGAUCUGCUUACCGAACCACCCGCAUUAACUUAUCCAGAGUUCGACCGAGAAGUCCAUAUAUGACUACCUAUCCUUCUAAUCGAGUAUCUCACAACUCAGCAAUAUUCGGAACUUGCGAACUUUCUAUACUCCAAUGUUCAACCGGUCGCACAUCUGAUAAAGAUGAAGUCAAAGACGCUGAUUUUGCCCAUGACUCGGAAUAUAUAAUUAUUAAGAACUAACGCUAUUCUUUUGACUCGAUAGAUAUUUUCCCUAAAUAAUAUAUUCAUCAACCACCUACAAUCCAAGAACUUCAAAUUCAAAUUACAUCUGACAGACAGCAUCAAUUUUUGGUUACUCGACCCAGUUACUCAGACUCCCCAAAAUUGAAACUACUUCCAACUGGCCAACCAAACCCUGUACACGGAAUACAGAAACUCCAAACCACGUUACAAAUUUGUGAUACUCGAAUCCAGUUCUUCACCGACAAUCUCGCGACCACCUCAUGUUGUAGAUAAUAUGCUCUAAUCAUGGUUUGUUCUCCACUUAAUACAAUUAACAAAUAUAACUUCCAAUUUACUAUAAGCCAGUGCUCAGGACUGGCUACUUGGGUCUGUGACCAGAAAAUACGACCCUCAAGUAUUGCUGCUGUGAUACUUUAGCUUCAUCCAAAAGAUAACCCCAUUUUCCGUUUUCACGUCUAGGUUUCAAAUCUCGCUUUGGAAACUGACAUAAAUUUUUACUAUAUAUAGAGUCUCAAGAAACAGCGACCACAAUUGCUUUGUUCCUCGACUAUUAAUCUCGAAAUCUUGAUUAAUCUCGAAAUCUUGAUCUUGAUUGAUUGAUCCCGAUAAUCUCGUUCCUCGAAUAAUCUCGUUUCUCGAAUAAUCUCGUUCCUCGAUUCCCGAUACAGUCUUACUUUGGGGUUAUUAAAAAGAUCCGAUGGCCGAUCCCAACGAGUCAACUACUCAUGGUUUGUAUUUGACUGGAAACUUUGAAAUUGAGAGCAAGCUUUCACCAGAAAACGGAUGGCGAGUAGAGUAUCGGACCUAUGCAACAUCGAUCGCUAGCGGUGGCGCACAUCGGGAGCGCUUAAUGAGCUAUGAUAUUCAACUUAAAGGAUACAGCCAAGCUCAAUUUAAACUGGAGCCAGGCAAUAUUUAUUUCCUUAGAGGGUCUUUUUUUCCUUCAAACACGGAUGAAACCACGAAAGACAUACUAUUCUUUGAAGCCUCUGACCGAGUAUUGAUUAGUUCUUCAGAAAACUUCAGUGGUAACUUAGUCGACUCAAUUGCGGUGACCGGAGUUGGCAUCAUUACGGCCAUUGAUAAAUUCCCGGAGCCUAUUACCAAUGGUUGUAUACCUAAUCCAGCUGAUGGAGAGAAGAUUGUCACGGUUGUGACUGUUUUACAUUCCGAUUACAAUCCAACUGCGAAGGGCCCUAAACAAUCCACUGUUGAAUAUCGUAUUCCACCGACUCGU